AUGUCCUACUCCAGAGUCAAGAUUGCUGCCCGUCUUCGUCCCCCGCUACCUGCAGAGCAGCAUGACUCCGCCAUUCGCGUCGUCCAUACAUCAUCCAGUCCCGCCAUCCACGUCGACAACCCCCGUGACACUUCUCAGACAUUCAAAUAUCCUUUUUCAUCCUGCUAUGACGCGGCGUCGCAGCAACAUGAAAUUUUUGAUCGUGACGUCCAGCCUCUCAUUGAACUCGCUUUCUCAGGCGUCACUGUGACCGUGUUUGCGUAUGGCGUCACAUCCUCCGGAAAGACACACACUAUGCAAGGCAGCAGUGACCAACCGGGCAUCAUUCCUCGCGCAGUACAAGAAGUAUUUCGAAAAGCCGGCGACACAGCACAACACGCCGUUGUUCACGCCUCUUAUAUGGAGAUCUACAAGGACGAAGUCUAUGACCUUCUCGUCGACCGCGAAACGGCAAACAAGCUCCCUGUCCGAGAGAAUGAGUCUGGUCAAGUCUUUGUGGCCAACCUGUCUCUGGUCACUCUUGAAUCCGUUGAUGACUUCACUGCCUUGUUCUCUCGCGCCAACAAGCAACGAUCCGUCGGUUCCACUAAUCUCAACUCGGUAUCUUCCCGCUCGCAUGCAAUUCUGACAUUGUACAUCACUGUGACCGACACGACACGAAACUUAACUCUAUCCGGUAAACUCAAUCUAGUCGAUCUCGCUGGCUCCGAGAACAACAAGCACACCGGCAACGAUGCGUCACGCAUGGUCGAAUCCGCAGCCAUCAACAAGUCGUUGAGCGUACUCGGACAGGUUGUGCAUGCGCUCAAUCAAGGAGCGAGCCGCAUUCCUUACCGCAAUUCGAAACUCACCCGAAUCCUGCAAGACGCACUCGGGGGCAGCUCGGUAGGUUUGCUCAUCUGCAACCUCGCACCCGGCACAAAGUUCCGACAGGAUACUCUCAACACUCUCAACUUCGCAGUCCGCACGAAGAACGUUCAGAACAAACCUGCGGUCAACCAGUCCAACGCAGUCGCUGGACCAUCCAAACCUCAAGGGGUUGCAGCACCGCUGCCGAAUGCUGCCGCGACCGUAUCAGCUCUACUACGACCCGCACUGCCUCAUCCGUCCCGCAUGCCUCGUCCGUCGGCCGUUCAUGCUCCUUCCGGACGGCCCUCCUUGACGGCCGCCUCGCCUCCCGAACCGAUUGCCAUUACUAAACCUGCCCCAACGCUUCCCCUUCACCUGACAGAAGAUGAGAUCAAUGCGCGGAUCGCCCGAGCCGUGGAGCUCGAAGUUGCCCGCCGCCUCGAAGAACGCGAGAAACAGCGGCUCGAAGAAGAAGAGGCCGCCAUCUCUACCUCCACCUCCCGCAGCAGCAACACGAGUUCGAGCCUCUCCAACGACGGCGACGAGUCCUCGAAUGCAAACACAAGCACGAGCCUCCAGACGCUUCCCUCCGGUCUGCUCACGCCCCUCCUCAAGUCCCGCAACACCGAGGACGAGGAGCUCAAGCGGCGCCUCGACGAGCUCGAAGCGAGAUUCGAGCGUGCGAACAAGGCCGUCCAACUCGCCGACGUGCUCUCGCCCCUGUCCCGCAAGAAAACCGGCCGGGCGUACGUCGCGCUCGCGCGGUCCGAGUCCCAGAAGGACAACCUCAAGCUCGCGCUUGAGCUGUAUCGUAAAGCGCAGAAGUACGUACCCGACAAUGAUAAGCUCAGGGAGAGGAUCAUUGAGAUCCAAUGGGCUGUGGACAACAACCGGCCGUUCAAGACCUCUCCGAAACGGACACGCCACCAGCUCAAGCGCGAAGGCUCCCGGAGCAAGUCCAAGCGGAAGCCCACCCGCCCGCUGGCGCCGAUGACCGAGGAGGACGAGGCCUCCGAGAAGGAGAACCUUGACGACGCGGUCAAGAGCUCGGGGAAGCGUCAGAUCCCGGCUACGGACGCCGAGUCCGACACGCCUCCGAAGAAGCGGCAGAUGGUCGACACCGCGGAGGAGUGUGUAGCAUGA